CUUUCUGAGCUUUUGAAUGGAUCACUCUGAAGAUGCGCCGCCCGAAAUUGUAUUUUGGGAGGUUGAAACCAUCCACUCCACUUCUGUCAUUUUGGAGUUAGGAGCCAUCUUGGUUUGCCCGAAGACACUAACGGAGCUCCAACAACCCUACUCCACCCUGGUCCGACCCGCCAACCCUUUCCUCAUCUCCACUGCUUUAAAAAGUAGCACCAGAAUUGAUCGCGAUGCUCUCGCCGAUGCUCCUACUUUCGCCGACGUCGCCGAUGAGGUUUAUGAGUUUCUUCAUGAAAGGAUUUGGGCGGGUCAUAAUAUCUUAAGCUUCGAAUGUGUUGACAUCAAAAAGGCAUUUAGUGAGUUGAAUCGUUCACCGCCGGAGCCUAAAGCCGUCAUUGACUUGGUGCCUUUGUUGACUGAAACGUUUGGAAGGAGAGCUGGUGACAUGAAGAGGGCCAGUCUUGCAGCAUAUUUUGGGCUUGGUCAACAACCACAAAGGAUCUUAGACUAUGUUCGCAUGAAUCUGGAAGUCAUUAAACACUGUGCUACAGUUCUCUUCUUGGAAUCAAGUCUUCCAGACAUAUUCACAGCGAAUAGCUGGGUCUCUCCAAAUGCUACUCCAAAAACUCGCAGUGCUGAAAAAUCUUUACCAGGUAGGCGCUUAUUAUCACCUGUGGAGAAUCAACGCAAUGUUUCAACUGCUCCUAUUGCAAUGGGCAGCUCAUCAGAAGGAUCUAAAUCAAAAACAGUUCAACAUCGUCACUUCGACUUACGUAGCCUUCGUGAUGAAUUAGACACAGUGUCGAAUCAAGUAGCUGCCAUGGUGGAUGAAAAGCCCAUUCCAGAGACACCCCAGAAGUCUUCUUCUCUAGCUGUUGUUUUAGAACCUGAUGAAAUAUUUAUCUCUCGUCUCACAGCAUCUCUUGCUCCAUUAUAUCGAGGCAGUCAAAGGAUACAACUAUUGCACAAAGGUGUCCUCUUUCAGCUUUGUUGUUCUAAUCUUAAGAUACGAUUUGGAAUAAAUGGCAGGUUUCAGGACUACGCGGGUCGGCCGAAGUUGAGUUUUGUGGUUGAUCUUGAUCCAUCACAAACCUUAUGUAAGGUUCUUGAAGCUUGUGAUGGUAAGGCACAGAAGUUAUGUUUGGAAUCUGGUGGUAGCACAGAUUGGAGACCAGUUGUUGCUAGAAAAGAUGGCUUCUCUAAUUAUCCCACCGCGCGAUUGCAGAUACCUGCAGCAGAAAGCGGGGAUAAUGCAGCCAUAUAUGCAACUGAAAUAUAUCAGAGAGAGAGAUCAGGCAGUAAGAAGAGGGUGGUUUUCGAGAAGUUCGAUGUUGGGGAGCUGGCUUCGUUUUUUGAGCCUGGCACGUUUGUUGAUGCUGUCUUCUCCUUCGAUUCUUAUGACUUUCAACAGACUGCAGGGAUUAGAUUGAUUGCCAAAGCCUUGACCAUUCAUUCCAACUAG